AUGUCUGGAUUCAGCUGGACAGGAUCUCGACCUCGCUGCUUUGUCUAUUGGCAAGAGUUUUCCAAAUGCUACUCCCAAGCAGAUAUUCCCCAACAAUGCGCAGCUCAGUCGGCUGAUUACCUCGAGUGUCUACAUGGUGACAAAGAGGCAGCCCGUACUGCUGCCAUCGCUACAGAAGCUACUCGCCAGGGCGCCGCAAAGGUUCAAGAGGCGGCAAAGGAGGAGGGUCUGCCCGUCGGCGUUGGCCUCAUACGGCGCUCGUAG